CACUUUGAUCAGAUAAAAUUGGCAGCAACUUUUUUUUAUUUCUGUGGUAUGAGGCAGCAAAAAAGUAGUGAACUUAAAGAAGAGUGACUGGUUCCGCAGUUCACUCGAGAAGGAGGAAGAACAGCCUUCUGUUUUUGUUUGUCCAGAGCUGUCUCAAUGGCGACGCCCCUGCUGUUUGCUCUUUCUAUCUGCACCCUUGGGUGUUUCGCCCCCAUCCUUGCUCUGCCACCUACUGAACCUCCACUGAUCGACGACCGCCCCUUCAUGCCCAUAUGGAAUGCCCCCACUGAACAGUGCAAAAACCUCAAAAUCCCACUGGACACGGCAGCCUUCCAGGCAGUGACCACAACCGCAGGUCAAUUCAAUCAGUUCCUCACCAUCUUCUACGAGGACCGUCUUGGUCUUUACCCUAAGGUCAACACACAACUACGCAAAAUCUACAGAGGAGGAGUGCCCCAAAAUAGCAACCUAACAGAGCACCUGGUCAAAGCCAAGAGUCAGAUUGAUCAUUACAUCUACCAAGACUCCGCUCCUGGGCUUGCUGUCAUCGACUGGGAGUCCUGGCGCCCCAUAUGGGAUCGGAACUGGGGAUCAAAACGCAUUUACCAACAUUUAUCAGUCGCCCAUGCGCUACAAAUGGCUCCAUUUUUCCCAUUCAAACAAAUUACCAAACUGGCCAAAAAGCAGUUCCAAACAGCCAGCAGGCGGUUCAUGGAGACAACCAUCCGCCUCGGCAUCAGCGAGCGUCCAAGUCACCGCUGGGGCUUCUACCUGUAUCCCGACUGUUACAACUACAACUGGGACCGACCUGACUACACAGGCCAGUGUUCGGCUAAAACCCAGAAGCAGAAUAACGAGCUGCUUUGGCUCUGGGAGGAGAGUACCGCUCUAUACCCCUCCAUCUACCUCCACACUUCUCUGAGGAACUCCCCCAAAGCUGCUCUGUACGUGCGCAACCGCAUCCAGGAGGCGAUCAGGGUGGCAGCGCUGCCCAAACACCCGUACACCAUGCCGAUUUAUGUUUAUUCUAGACCGCUGUACAGGGAUCAGACCGAGAAGUUCCUGAGUCUGAAGGACCUGGUGAGUACUGUGGGGGAGUCGGCAGCUCUGGGAGCCUCGGGGGUCGUAAUGUGGGGAGGAAGUAAAGACUACAACAACAAGGCUGCCUGUACUUCACUGUCUGAGUACCUGGUGUCGACCUUUGACCCUUACAUUGCCAACGUGACAGCCGCCGCCAAACUCUGCAGCCACGUCCUGUGUCAAGGGAAGGGCCGCUGCCUCAGGAAGGACUACAACUCCACCCAUUAUCUGCAUCUGAACCCUGAACACUUCAGCAUCGUACGCACCAGCGGGGAGUACGUGGCUGUGGGUCUGCCCUCGACCGCCGACCUCCAGUGCUGGGCUGAGCACUUCACCUGUCAGUGCUACGCCGGGAUGAUCUGUUCUCCAAAACUACAAUACCCGACUAUGAUCAGAAUGAUUUCAGUCUGAGCUGUGCCUAAAGCCGCACCGUUGAUACGGAUAUGAGCAGAGAAAAUGCUGCAGUAUUUCAGAUUAAUAAUUGAAUGUAUGUCCGACACUUUAACAAGUCUGUGUUUAAAAAAAAACAACGUGCUUUUUGCUCUGUUUCUCUGUGCUUUUAAUAUAGAAACUGCUUUUAUUCAGCCUGAUAUUUGAAUAAUUAUAUAAAAUCUGUUAGAAUCGUUACGUUUUUUCCUCCGAUAAUGAAAACCUGAUGACGCAAUGCCUGGGUUUACCCAACUGAU